UAAAUUCUGACUGCCUAUAAAGUGGGAACACAGUGAACCCAUUCCUAAAGCAAAAGAGAUACGGAGAGGAUUUAACUUUCACUGAAGACAUCAAGAAAAUAUCAGAGAGUUUCUUGUGCCUUGAGUUAUCCAGCCUGCAUUUCCACACCGCUGUCUGCUGAGGAAUCAUGGGUCUCCUAAAAGUCUCUGUCAUCUUUCUUCUCUCACUCAUCACAAUGACAUUAGCUGAGCCGCCUGGAUGCAAGAUCCGCAUCACCAAAAAAGGACUGGAGAUGUUGAAGGCAGAGACCAAGAAGUUUGUGGAAGAAGAGCUGAGUAACAUCACCAUGCCAGAGAUGCAAGGAUCUGAGGGCCGUUUCCAGUACACCAUCAAUAAUGUGAAGAUCAUAGAGCUGAACCUGGCGUCUGACCUGCGCUUCCAGCCGGAUGUUGGUCUGCUGUUUGAGGUGCAGAACUCCUCCAUCACCCUCAACUUCCAGAGACGCAUCCUGUACUGGCUCUUUUAUGAUGAAGGAGCCAUCAACGCCUCAGCAGAAGGGGUCAACAUCUUCACCGUCCUUCAUCUCAGUAAAGAUGACGAGGGUCGGCUUAAGAUCUCCAACGUCACCUGUGAUGCCGCCAUCGCCAAGAUGAGAGCCAAAUUCAGCGGGACCCUCGGGAGGGUUUAUGACUUCAUUGGGACGUUCCUUACUACAGGAAUGCGCUUCCUCUUAAAUAAACGGAUUUGUCCGGUCCUGAAUCAUGCUGCUCUAGUUUCUGUGAACCAGCUUCUGGAAACAAUCCCAGUGCGUGCACAGGUGGACAGCUACAUAGGCAUUGAUUACUCUCUGCUCAGUGACCCUGUGGUGACAGAAACCAGCCUUGAUAUGGACUUCAGGGGCAUGUUUUACGAUCUUAAAAAUGAGAACGACACUCUAGUGAACUACGCAGUGAAUCCAGUUGUGAGAGAGUAUGACCGUAUGAUUUAUCUGGCUCUCUCCGAGUACUUCUUCGACAGCGGCCUCUACUCGUACUUCAAAGGCGGACUUUUCCAACUGCAGAUCGCAAACGAACGGAUGCCAAAAGACUUGGAGGUGCUCCUCAGAACAACCUACCUAGGGACAAUCAUGAUGCUGAACCCAGCACUGAUGGACCAGCCCCUGUCUCUGGAGUUUGAGGUCACCGCUCCUCCUCGAUCAACCAUCAAGACCUCUGGUGCAAGUGUGGCUGUCAACUGUAACGUCAAAGUGUUGGUCCUUCCAGCCGGAAAACCAGCCGUCCAGCUCAGCAGCAUGACCAUGGAAGGUAAAUUCAAUGCGAAGGUGUCAAUGAAGGGCAAACGCCUCGCCAUCCAUUUAGAUCUGAGAAGGUUUAAAAUAUUCUCCAAUCAGUCUGCUCUGGAGUCUUUAGCUCUUAUUCCACUGCAGGGUCCCCUGAAGACCAUGCUGCAGAUAUCUGUGGUGCCUCUCAUUAACAAUUACACUAAGCGAGGCGUGCAGAUCCCUUUACCAGAUGGAAUAGACUUCAUCGAAGAGGUUGUGGAGUAUCACAAUGGCUACAUCAUCGUGGGGGCGAAUCUACACUUCCAGACGGGUCUGAGAGAAAUGAUCGAGAGGAAGCUGGCGGGAGAAUCAGACAACUCCAUUUAGGAGCAGUGAAGAUGUUAAUGCACGCGUGUCCUGCCCAGACACUACAGCAAUAAUAGAGGAUUCACAAGAAGAAAACUAACCUUCCAGCAUGCCGUUUAACUGAUCCUCAAAACCUGCUGUCAUUACAGUCAACAUCCACUCCACAUUCACCACCUUUACUUUCUGAAUGCACACUUAGGGCAGAAAAACAGAUUGAGAAUCCUCGGCUUUGCUUUAUUGCUGAUAAACAGCGCAGCCUUUUAUAAAACAUUUCUGAAUAGGUAGAAUAAUUCAAUGAUGAUAUGUUCAAUAUUAGUGGUGCUUAUUUAUGGGUCAAAGACGCAAAGGGAUUUUGAAGCACUGAAUUGAUUACACGCUAUUCUAGACCACUAGAACAUUCAUUCAUCUUCGUUCCUUCAUUUAUCAGGGGUUGCCACAGCGGAAUGAACCGCCAACUUAUCCAGCAAACGUUUUACACAGCAGAUGCCCUUCCAGCUGCAACCCAGUACUGGAAAACACCCAUAAACGCUCGCAUUCACACACUCACUCAUGCACUACGGCCAAUUUAGUUUAUUCAAUUCCCCUAUAGCGAAUGCGUUUGGACUUGUGGGGGAAACUGGAGCACCCGGAGGAAACCCACACCAACACAAGGAGAACAUGCAAACUCCACACAGAAAUGCCAACUGGCCCAGCCGGGGCUCACACCAGCGACCUACUUGCUGUGAGGCCACAGUAUUAAAAACUAAGCUACCACAUUAGAACAUUUCCUCCUUAAUUAAAAAUACUGAGACAAAAAAUAAAUGACUAUUAUAAAUGUCACAGCUGAAAUGUCAAAAAUAUACCAAAAUAUAUAUAUUUUGAGUAUUUUUGGCAGCACCAAAAUACUCUUUAAUAGUCAAUAUCUGUCAAACCACAAGGCAAAUGUUUUAGUCAUUUAAGAUGUAUGACAAAAUAUAUUUGAAGAUCUUCUGAAAGUCUCAUCUUUAGCCAAGACUAUAUAUAUGGAAGAUAUACAAAUAUAAUAUAGGCAACAUGGUGGCUCAGUGGUUAGCACUGUCACCUCACAGCAGUUGGCAUUUCUGUGUGGAGUUUGCAUGUUCUCCCCGUGUUGGUGUGGGUUUCCUCCGGGUGCUCCGGUUUCCCCCCCAGUCCAAAACACAUGCGCUAUAGGUGAACUGGAUGAACUUAAUUGGCCGUAGUGCAUUGGUGUGUGUGUGUGAAUGUGAGAGGGUAUGGGUGUUUUCCAGCACUGGGUUGCAACUGGAAGGGCAUCCGCUGUGUAAAACAUAUGCUGGAUAAUUUGGGGGUUUGUUCCGCUGUGGCGACUCCUUAUGAAUAAAAGGGACUAAGCCGAAGGAAAAUGAAUGAACAAAUGAAAUAUAAUAUGAAUAUAAAUAUAUGUUUAUUUUAUUUUUAUGUAAAAUGUCAAUAUUAAUAACCUACUUAAUUUUUUUAAUCGAUUGUCUACAGAACAAACCUACUUGUCCAUUGACUUGUCUAAUUAAACUAAAGUUAAGCCUUUAAAUUGCAUGUUAACCUGAAUAUUAGUAUCUUGGAAAAUAACUAGUAAAAUAUCAUGAACUAAUCAUGGUAAAGAUAAAAAAUGUAAAAUAAUUAAUUAUUGGCUACAAAAACGUGUUGGAAAAAAAAUCUCUCUGUAAUACAUCAAAAUAUUCAUUCAUUUAUUCAUUUUCUUUUUGGUUUAGUCCCUUUAUUAAUCUGGGGUCGCCACAGCGGAAUGAACCGCCAACUUAUCCAGCAUGUUUUACACAGCGUUUGUUUUACCCUUCCAGCUGCAACCCAUCACUGGGAAACAUCCAUACACACUCAUACACAACGCACAAUUUAGCUUACCCAAUUCACCUGUACCGCAUGUCUGUGGGGGAAACCGGAGCAAACUCAACACAGAAAUGCCAACUGGCCCAGCCGAGGCUCGAACCAGUGACCUUCUUGCUGUGAGGCAACAGCACUACCAAUUGCGCCACCGCUGCAUCAAAAUAUAUACAUGGGAAAUCAAAAAAUAAAAUAAUGAUAAAAAAUAAAAUAAUAAUCAAACAAAAA